AAUCUACUGAACUUACCUGUUCAUCAUGAUGAAGCUGCUUCUUUCUCUGACUCUCAUCUGGGCGCUCUCCAGCACAGGUGAAGCACUUGUGUGUGAAACUUGUAUGAAUGUUACCUGUUCAGCCACAGCAGCAGUUACAUGUCCCACAGGCACGAUGUGUAUCACAGCUUCCAUUCAAGCCGUUUCAUCUGGGACUCCUGGACAGCAAAUCUACAAGGCCUGUGCCCCCCCCUCCCUGUGUCCAGCCACUGGCUCUCAGACAUUUUCAGUUAACUUGGGUGUUUCCAGUGCACUUGCAAGUGCUACAUGCUGCAACACAGACAGCUGCAACUCCAACACUCUGCCUUUCCCUGUGGUUCCAGCAGUUAACAGUCUACAGUGUCACGUUUGUAACCCCGUCACCUCUGAUUGCAGCUCUUCAGUACAAUGUAAGGGAACAGAGGAUCUCUGCUUUCAAGCCAGUGUGACAAAUGCGGGCGGCACUUCUCCAGCUUUUGGCUGUGCAUCUACAAAUCUGUGUGCAGCUGCUACCAGCCUGGGGUCACUGCCUUUCAUGCAAAGUGUUGGUACCAUUACCAGUGGACCAGCCUGUUGUGGGACUAGUUUGUGUAACACUCUCACUACAACAAUGACUACCACUACCCCAACUACAACCAACAUCUGCCCCAACUAUAGCAACCACUGUCCCAAUUACUGCAACCACUUCCCCAACUACAACUACCACUACCCGAACUACAACAACUAUUGCCCCUACAACAACAACCACUGCCCCAAAAAUACCAGCCACUGCCCCAACAACAACCACAACAUCUGCCCCAACUAUAGCAACCACUGUCCCAAUUACUGCAACCACUUCCCCAACUACAACUUCCACUACCCGAACUACAACAACUACUGCCCCUACAACAACAACCACUGCCCCAAAAAUACCAGCCACUGCCCCAACAACAACCAGUGCCCCAACAACAACCAAUUGACCUGUUUUGAGUGCCAGAGCUCCGGGGUGACGGAGCUCCGUCACCCCAGAGCUCUGGCGCCAGCUCCAACGCUGGCUCGUGAGCUAACGCCGGAGAUCUGGAGCUAA